UAUUCAGUUCUUCUUGUUUGUGCAAAGGCCUGUACUGAGAAGUACCAUGAAAGGACCGCUGUUACUGCAUUUACUUUUCCAAGGAGUGCUGGUGUAUGAUGCUUUGGCAUGGGAAGUGAAAAUGCCAAAAGAUAUUCAUGGCCUCAAAGGUUCCUGCUUGGUUAUACCAUGUUCUUACUACUACAGCUCAAACCCACCCCAAAACCCACGUAGAGUUGUGUGGUAUCAGUGGGUUUCUUUGGGCUACCCUUUAGUUUACGAUCCAUUGCAUCCAAAAAACGUUAUUGAGAAGUUCAGAGGGAAAACGGAUUUAUUUGGAAGCUCAAGUUGGGAUUGCAGUCUGCUGAUCAAAAAUCUGGAGCAGGUCCAUCAUGGAGAGUUAUUAUAUGCAUGGAUUGACCCGGAAAAUGUUAGCUGGCGCACCUACAAGUUUUAUGAUGUCACCUCCACAAUUCUUGUUAAUGCAAGUCCACAGCAGCCCAGCAUCAAGAUCUAUGGAGGUGUAUGGACAGGUGACACCAUUACAGUAGUGUGUUCGACUUUACACACGUGUCCAUACAACAAACCAAACAUCACUCUCAACAACAUUGAAGGAUCUGAUGAAAUGGACAAUGAGCAUAUUGAAGACGGCCUGUGGAAAAUCACUCUGACACGCACAUCUGUCACAAAUGCAGAAAAUGCCACUAUUGAGUGUUCAGUAAUAUAUUAUGGCGGCAUAACAGUUACAGCUAUGAAGAGCAUAAAUGCACAAUACCCUGGCCAUGAAGAAGCAGACAUGCCCAUUCCAGUUAAGACUGACUGGCUUUACAUCCUAGUGCCCUCACUUGUGUGCAUCCUUACUUGCAUACUUGCUGGUUUCAUACACAAGAUUCGACACAGGUGUGUGUGUGUUUGUUCAGUCUAA